AUGGAUCAAUUACCACUCACCACCGUGGCCGGGUCGCUGGAAGGAGGCGGGAGGGUGGUGGACACGUACAAGAGGGCGCUGGCCACGGCGGCAUCCGUGGCCGCGUACGCCAUGCUGGCGCGCGGCAUGGCCAGGGAGCUCCUCCCAGAGGAGCUGCGCGCCGCGGUGCGCUGGGGUGCCGCGUUCGUGCGCGCCCGCCUCGGCGCCGGCGACAAGGAGCGCCACACCAUCGUCAUCCGCCGCCAGUUCGACACCGGCUGCUACAGCGAGAACCACCUCUUCGACGCGGCGCGCGCCUACCUGGCCACCAAGAUCGACCCGCGCGCCAUGCGCCGCCUCUGCCUCGCGCGCUCCCGCCACAAGGAGCCCGACGGUAGCAGCAGCUGGAGCACGCUCCUGUGCAUGGACGACGGGGGCUCCACCACCGACGCCUUCGAAGGGGUCGAGUUCAGGUGGACGUCCAUCGAGACCGGCGGCGACGACGGCAAGAAGGGAAAGGGCCAUCGGACCCCACGCGAGACCCUGGAGCUCAGCUUCGACGCCGAGCACACCGACACGGCGCUCGAGCGGUACGUGCCCUUCAUCAUGUCCACCGCGGAGCAGCUGCAGCGGCUGGAUCGCGCGCUCAAGAUCUUCAUGAACGAGGGCCGUUCGUGGCACGGCAUCAACCACCACCACCCGGCCACCUUCGACACGCUUGCCAUGGGCUCGGCACUGAAGCGGGCCGUCAUCGACGACCUCGACCGUUUCCUCAAGCGCAAGGAGUACUACCGCCGGAUCGGCAAGGCUUGGAAGCGCGGGUACCUGCUCCACGGCCCGCCUGGGACCGGAAAGUCCAGCCUCGUCGCCGCCAUGGCCAACUACCUCCGCUUCAACCUCUACGACCUCGACCUCUCAGAGGUGCGCCUCAACUCGGCGCUCCAGAGGCUGCUCAUUGCCAUGCCUAACAAAUCCAUCCUCGUCAUAGAGGACAUCGAUUGCUGCUUCGAUGCCAUGUCCAGGGAAGACCCCAAGAUGCUGGUGUCCGCAGACGCCUACAAUUCAUCCGACUCCUCGGACGACGACGGCCACACGGGAGCUCACAAGCAGCAGAACGUAACGCUGUCCGGGCUUCUCAACUUCAUCGAUGGGCUAUGGUCAACGACCGGCGAGGAACGCAUUAUCGUCUUCACCACCAACUACAAGGACCGCCUCGAUCCGGCGCUGCUACGGCGGGGACGAAUGGACAUGCACAUCUACAUGGGCUUCUGCUGCUGGGAGGCAUUCAAGACAUUGGCCCGGAACUACCACCUCGUCGACGACCACGUUCUGUUCCCGGAGAUUCAAGAACUGCUUGCAGCGGUGGAGGUCACGCCGGCCGAGGUUUCCGAGAUGCUGCUGCGCAGCGAGGAUGCCGACGUCGCACUACGUGUUCUCACAGAGUUCCUCCACAACAAGAGACGCAAAGCUAGAAAAGAGGAAACAGAAAUCAAGAACGACGAAGUUGAGAAAGCAAUGUAGUGCCCUGUACUCCCCUUUAACUGAGCGUUUUAUGUGAGGAUUGAGGAAUAGAG